CUCUGACUAUUGCGACAGAUGUACCGUCAGUUGUCUUUUGCGGUGUGUUUGUGUUAAGUAGUGGAUUAAUAGCAGUGAUAAGUACUAAGUAGGCGAGGUGUGGAGUGAACGUAGUGGGAGGAUCAUUUCGGUGAACUUCAAGGAGUAGUAACAGAAUGACACCGAGGAUAAAUCUCAAUGAGCCGCGAUGGGACCAGUCCACGUAUUGGGGCCGGGUGCGGCACUUUUUCGCAAUAACUAAUCCUUUAAAUAUCCUUGCAUCAGAAGCUGAAUUAAACCGCGCAAAGGAAAUCGUAGAGACAUACAAAGCUGGUGGUGACGUAGGUAAUCUGACAGAAGAUGAAUUGUGGAGAGCCAAGGAACUAUAUGAUUCAGCGUUUCAUCCAGAUACUGGCGAGAAGAUGAUGUUAAUUGGUAGAAUGUCUGCACAGGUUCCAAUGAAUAUGACAAUAACUGGAUGUAUGAUGACUUUUUACAAGUCUACUGGAGCAGUUGUUUUCUGGCAAUGGGUUAACCAGUCUUUCAAUGCAUUGGUUAAUUACACAAAUCGAAGUGGUGAUUCUCCAGUGACAAACACGCAACUUGCAAGUUCAUAUGUUCUUGCAACAGGAGGUGCUCUAACAACUGCUCUGUCUCUUAAUAGACUUGUAAAGUCGUUCCCACCUAUCAUAGGACGUUUUGUUCCCUUUGUAGCUGUUGCUGCGGCUAAUUGUGUCAACAUUCCUAUGAUGAGACUUCAGGAACUUAGAGAAGGUGUUCCUGUUGCAGACCAGGAUGGUAAACGAAUUGGUAAUUCAAAGGUUGCAGCACAGUAUGGCAUUGCUGCUGUAACCUUUAGUAGAAUUGCAAUGGCCACACCAGGAAUGGCAAUUACGCCAUUUGUAAUGGACCGACUUGAAAAACGUGGCGUUUUGCAGCGCUUUCCAUGGUCUUCUGCUCCAAUACAAACUUUGCUGUGUGGUUUCUUCCUCACAUUUGCAACACCCAUGUGCUGUGCAUUGUUUUCACAGAAAGCCUCAAUAGCAACAGCGUCACUUGAACCAGAACUGCAGGAGAAAAUCAAGAAGAUGCCUAACCCACCAUCCAGAGUUUAUUUCAAUAAAGGUUUGUAAACAAGAAGGCAAAAAAUGUAGUUCACCUGGACCGUGUAAUUUGAAUGUAUAAGAAGAUAGCUGAAAUGUAUACUAGCCAUAUCAACAAUAACAUGGGAUGUAUUGUGAUGCAGUUUACAUAACUGAUCAUGUGAAAAUGUCACAUGGUAUUCAUAUGUGGUAUCCACUUUUGAGAAAAAAAAAUAUAUUCUAGGGAAAUAAAUUUUAUGUGCGUGUUA